AUGAUCGCCGAGGCGCAGGAGGGCGCCAGGGUGUCCCGCAAGCGCGCCAAGCUGCCGGACGUGCCCGCGCGGAGGUGCGGCUGCUGUGGCGCACGGAGCACCGUGCAGUGGCGGUCCGGCCCCAGCGAGGUGCCCAUCCUGUGCAAUGCAUGCGGGGUGAAGUACCGCAAGGGCAAACUGCAGCUCAGGGGCGUGCCAGACCGUACACUCACAGUCGACGACCUCGAAAAUGGGGCAGAUCUCAACAUGCUGCAGCUGGAUCAGGUCAGCGGCAACUCAAAUUCUUCGAUGAGCCCACGCUUCAGGUUCCAUCCCAGCCGCCCGCACUCUAAGGAUGGGUGCUCGAAAUUUGGUGCCAGUCUCAGCGCCAGGGACUGGCCGUUUGGCAGCACGCCCACCGCGCCACAAGGCCUGCCAGGCCCGAUGCCAGCCGAUCCCGUGGAGGCUCUGUGGGGCUUCAUGCCUUCCGUGAUGCCCACCCAGUCUCGGUCUGUGCCACUGCCGCCCCGCUUUCCCCAGCUGUACCCCUCCAUGGGCUCAUUCAUGCCCAUGCUGUCCGUUCUGCCCAUUGCACACAGCCCAAAUGCGGGCAGUCACCAGAGCAAGUCGCAGGGGGUGUCAGCAGGCCAUGAUGCAUGGCGCAGCCACCCUGCAAGGGGCUUGGGACAGAAGAGCCUUGACGGGCCCGAAGGCCCAUUGUCUGGAGGACUGGUAAUUCAGCUCAAUCAGUUGGGUCAAUUGAGUCAGCUUGAGGAAUUGGAGAAAUCGGGGAGCCACAGGGUGGCACAGCUGACUGAGCCCAUCGAAAGCGAGGCGAUGGUAUCCCCAAGGAGCUCGGAUUCUGGCAUGUGGGCCAAGGGCGACAAGGCUGGCUUGGGAGAGGCAGGCCUGACUUUGCGGUGGCUGGCCAAGCGAAGGAGGACCGGACCCAAGGCGGGCUAG